GUUUCGACUACUUCAAACCAACACAGCUACCUACCUGUAGGCAUAACAGAAACAGUGGUAUAAGAUAGCACAAGAACACAACGAGAGAAGUAAAAUCUAAAAGGAAAAGUCACAUACGGGUGGAGGGAAGUCGUUUUUAGUCUUUUUAUGUCAUCUUAAUUUGUAUUGAUUAUUCUCUCUGAUAUGUUGAUAUUUGGAAAAAAAAAUAAGUUCACAGCACAUUUGUGUGUGCAUUAAUGCAAAUUGUGCCAAUAGUUGUACGACUUCCAGGGACAGUAUGAGGAUAUCAGGGACACAUAGUUAAAACAGAGUCACCCACCAUGGAUUUUGUCCAUGAACCACCUUUUUAACCAAUUGAAUACAUGUAAAUACAUUUGCAUCUCACCAGAACUUCAGUACAAAAGAUUUCUGCAUUGCAGUGGGUUGAGCUAGGUGGUGCUAGUAGCCCCUUCCAAAUCUUCUGUUCUGUGAUUCUAUAAAUGCCUUUUUGAGAUGUUGAAAGAAAUGUGAAAUAACAUACAAAAGCUAUCACAUAACGCCUGAAGGAAAUCCCACCUUCAAUAGUUCCUUUUCAAAUCCCUGUUGGCACAGUGCUACACCAGAACCAAAACAGCAUCAUUGUGUAUGUGUGUGUGUAGUGGCUGCUAUUUGGGACCAGAACAGGGAAGUUCUGAGUUCAAAUCCCCACAGCUCUUGAAGCAUGCUGGGGAACUUUGGCCCUCCCACUCACUCUCAGCCUAUCAUAAUGGGGAUGGGGAGAAAGAUACACAAGCCCUUUGGAGAAAGGGUGGGACAAGAUUAGAAUGUGUAAUGCAUGUGACCUCAACUCUCAACCCCACCAAUUAAUCUUUUGUUGAUUAAUCCUCCCAAUUAAGCAACUAAAACAUGUUGUUGUUGGUUGUUUAGUCAUUUAGUCGUGUCCGACUCUUCGUGACCCCAUGGUCCAUAGCACGCCAGGCACUCCUGUCUCGCACUGCCUCCCGCAGUUUGGUCAAACUCAUGCUCGUAGCUUCGAGAACACUGUCCAACCAUCUCGUCCUCUGUCGUUCCCUUCUCCUUGUGCCCUCCAUCUUUCCCAACAUCAGGGUCUUUUCCAAGGAUUCUUCUCUUCUCAUGAGGUGGCCAAAGUAUUGGAGUCUCAGCUUCAGGAUCUGUCCUUCCAGUGAGCACUCGGGGCUGAUUUCCUUAAGAAUGGAUAGGUUUGAUCUUCUUGCAGUCCAUGGGACUCUCAAGCGUCUCCUCCAGCACCAUAAUUCAAAAGCAUCAAUUCUUCGGCGAUCAGCCUUCUUUAUGGUCCAGCUCUCACUUCCAUACAUCACUACUGGGAAAACCAUAGCUUUAACUAUACGGACCUUUGUAGGCAAGGUGAUGUCUCUGCUUUUAAAGAUGCUGUCUAGGUUUGUCAUUGCUUUUCUCCCAAGAAGCAGGCGUCUUUUAAUUUCGUGACUGCUGUCACCAUCUGCAGUGAUCAAGGAGCCCAAGAAAGUAAAAUCUCUCACUGCCUCCAUUUCUUCCCCUUCUAUUUGCCAGGAGGUGAUGGGACCAGUGGCCAUGAUCUUGGUUUUUUUGAUGUUGAGCUUCAGACCAUAUUUUGGUUUCAGACCAAUUAAGCAACUAAAACAUGUAGCCCGAAUUAAAGCCCUUUGUGCUAACAGGAGCAUUGUUUGCUUUCUUCAGUCUGAGAUGCCAGUGCACAUCCUCAAAUUCCUAAUACUGUAUCUUCAUACUACCGAUGCAUAAACAACCUGGUUCCUUCUAGGACUAAGCCCUUGGGCUCAGAUUAAUCCUUGCCCCUGUUGUUGGGACAGGUGGGGCAGGUGCGUGGGCCAUAGGGGCUGAGCCUGCCUGGCAAAUUGCAGAUUCCAGCGAAAUCCUGCAGCUGUCUUUCUUCUUUAUCUGCAGCUGGGUUUUUCAAAAGCCCCCAAACAGCUGAAAGACAAAGAGAGAGAGAGAGCACAGCAACUCCAAAUAAGGGCUGAGGAGGUGCUGAUAAGAGGCUGGCCAAUUGGAGAGCCUGCGCCUGUUGCGAUUCCUCUCCAAUGGCGGAGGGGAAAGCACAAGGGAUGCCUUUAUAGUCCUGGGCCAGGGGGAGAGAAAGGGUGUGUGCAUUUUUCCCCCAGAGCAUCUUAUCCUGGCAGAGACUCUGGAAGGUGCCAAGGGAUGGGGCCUGUUGGAGUAGGGUAGUCCAGAUGCAGCGGUACCUCCAGCGGAUGCCAUGACACAGACGUUCCCAGCUCAGUACCCUCCGCCGCCACCCCAGGCCCGGCUGCCUCCACAGUACCAUCUCCACAGCACCCCUUCAGAGUACCCAAGCUCAACAGCGCCAGAUCACAGCCUUCGUAUCUUCCCCGAACAGGGAACGGCUGCGCCAGAGCCCCUGCCCUUGCCCCCACCGCCUGCGCAGCCGGAAGAAGCCCCUGCGCCUGAGCUGUCUCCCGAGGCAGAGGAAGCAGAAAGCAGUGAGAACAAGGCCCAGCCCAAACGCCUGCAUGUGUCAAACAUCCCCUUCCGCUUCCGCGACCCAGACCUGCGGCAGAUGUUUGGGCAAUUUGGAAAGAUUCUGGACGUGGAGAUCAUCUUUAACGAGCGUGGCUCCAAGGGCUUUGGCUUUGUCACCUUUGAGAACAGUCAGGAUGCCGACCGGGCGCGGGAGAAGCUGAACAGCAGCAUUGUGGAAGGGAGGAAGAUUGAGGUCAACAACGCCACAGCCCGUUUAGUCACCAAGAAACCACCGGCAGCACCAGUGGUGAAUGGAUGGAAAAUCAAUCCUAUGGUUGGCGCUGUCUAUGCCCCUGACUUGUACACAGUGGCAAGCAUCCCUUACCCCAUGAUGGCACCAGCUGCCCUGGCAUAUCGUGGGGCUCUGCGAGGGCGUGGCCGAGCUGCCAUCUAUAAUCCCAUUCGAGCAGCACCUGCCCCUUCUCCAGUUCCAGCCUAUGGCAGUGUGCUCUAUCCAGACAGUCUGUAUGGCUCUGACCUCUAUGGUUACCCUGCAGCUUACAGAGUGGCCCAGACGCCUGCAGCUGCAGCAACAGCAACGGCUUAUAGCGAUGGGUAUGGACGGGUCUACACUACUGCCGACCCCUAUCACCACACCAUGACCCCCGCCUAUGGAGUCGGCGCCAUGGCCAGCUUGUACCGAGGAGGAUGCAACCGUUUCACUCCAUACUGAGGGACCAAGCUCUGGCGCCAAGCAUCUCGGAGGCACCUGUGGGAGCAGAUGGCACAGGUGGUGGGACCUGGCUCUGAGAACCUUGUGUGUGUGUGUGUGUGUGGUAUAUAUGUGUGCGAAAGGAAGGAAGGCAGGUGAUCGGUGAAGAUACCUCUCAACCAGCAGGACGCUAAUUCUGGGUGACAGUCAAAUGACGACAGCUCAGGUGUUUCCUCCAGUCUCUUCAAAGCCUUCGCUGUUACUCACAAAUUCUGGCCUCUCCUGUGUUUUGCUGUUGGGCAGAGGCCAGCAGUUGGAUGGUCGACACAAUUCAGAUGCAGGGCAAAAACUGAAAAUGGGCAACCACAACUAGGUUACAGGAUUGGCAAGGUGCAUAGGAUGAAAGCGAAUCCAGUUCACUUUGCGGCAGUGGGGCAAGCUAGGGCCUUGGCCAAAGCCAUCCCCUGGAGUUCUCUGUGUGUCCUUCCACCACAACCACAAACCAGUUUCAAAGCAGUUUAAAUAGUUAUGACACCUGGUUAUGGAACCUUGAGGAGGAUUGGAGAUUCAAGGAUAGAACAGUGUGUUUCUUCAACCAAGGAUACUCAGGCCUUUAGAUUUUGGCAGGUGGACUGGGGAACUGUGAGAACAGAAACCGAUUCCAGACUAGUUCUGUAUUUCAAUUCGCCUUCACUACAACACAUGCAUCAGUUAUGACUUCCCUAAGAAUCCUGGCAAGUGUAGAUUUGAAAAUGCUGAGAAUUCUCUGCUUGUGGUUCCUAAGCCCAUCCCAGGCCACACUUCCCAGGGUUCCCUGGGGUGUAGUUCCCCCCCCCCCGCCUCCCGUGUUAUAGAUCUGCCAUAUGGUUUAGCUAGCGGAGAUUCAGAAUCAUCGGUGCAGGCGUGGAUUUUGGUAAUCUUUUGUAAUACGGCAUCCUGUGGAAUGCCAAAAACUGGCACCCCCAAAUUGAUCUUCUCAAUUCUGGAUCUUCUCAGUUUUGCACCCACUUGGCUUGGUGCCCUGUGCAGGGGAUCUGCCUGUACCACCCUAAAUCUGGCGCUGAUCUGUCUCUAUCUGUCUCUGGAGUUCUCCCCUUCCGUCUCUCAAUCCCUGUCCUUUUCCUCCUCUUUGAUUGCUCUUUUAUAAAUAUAUAUUUUCUUCUUGCUGCACUCAUACUGUAUUCUUUUGUGCUCUCCUGUACUGUACUUCAGAUCUGCUUUGGGUAUCAGCUUAUGACAGGUAGCGGCUUAAGCCAGCCCAGCCUCUUACUUUUCUGUGAAAACUUUGAGACUAUUUUUUUAAUCAAAGUCAGGGGUAAAUCACAGUAUAUUUUUAUAAAUAUUACUUCCCUAUUUUUAAUUCUUUUGUGAAUCUAUCUACAAUGGACCCUCCGGAUAUGAACUUAAUUCGUUCCAGGGGUCCAUACGUACCCCGAAAAGUCCUCAUCUAGAGGUGCCGCCUCUGCGCAUGUGCACGGCGCGAUAGAGCAUUUAUGCCAAUGCGCGCAGAGCACUUUUGUGCAUGCGUCGAAGCCCGGAAGUAUACACUUUCAGGUUUGCCGCGUUCACAAACUGAAAGUUAUGUGAUGUAACACGAGGGUCCACUGUAUAUCUAAUGGCCAGGAUGCAGCAAAAUGGCUUGAUGUGCAGGGCUUAGUAGCAGAGGUUUUCCUUGCACAGAAAAAAACAAAUGAACUCAUGCAGGGGUUCUAUGCUAUGUGAACCUGUUCAACAAUCCGGCACUGUUUUGCAGGAACAUCAUAUUGUGCAAGAGUUUUGCAUAUCUGUGCAUAGAGAAGGAUGUGUGCAUGCACACAUGUAUGUACCGGUAUAUAUUCACACAUUCUUCUGGAUCUUAGCCAAUUCUGUGUCAAAUAUCAAACUUUGGUUAGACACUAUUCCAAGUCCCAUUGAUCUGAAUGUGCUCAACAUUUCCCACUCAAAUCCAUAGGACUUUAUAAAAGUACCUAAUUUUUCCUGGGUUUCCCCUAAAAAAAUAAAAUAAAAAGUUUUUAAAAGUUUUUUUAAGGGCUGGGGUUUUGAUUCAUUCAUAUAUAUAUAUAUUUAAAAAAACCAAACUGGGAAUGUUUAUAGCUGGGAAAGAAAAUUUAAUAUUAUUUUAAAAACGCAAAAGAGACAAUCCAAAAAGAAGUCCUAGAAACUGAUAACACAAGGAGUUUCCGAUGAAGCCAAAGGGCAUUAAAGGACUCGGUGCAGAGCGGAAGCCUGAGGAAUGUUACGAGGCAGUUUAAAAAUAGAACAAAGACAAAACUGGAGUUCAUCUCAGCAGCUAAUUCAGUUUCCUCUGAAGGAUGCUGAACCCAAAGCAGAAGCCAUUUCUGUUUCUAGCAAUUUGCUUUCCACGUAUUUCUGGGCUUGGGUGUCUGGCAGUGCAAUAUCUCAGGGAAACCCUUCUAUGUAGAUGCUUGUUCUCUUUUUUCACUGUUUCCUUGUUACUAUAAUAAAAUCCUGAUUCUGGCUAAUUUCUUUUACCCUGCCUCUUUUACUUCCCCCUCCUCCUCUUCCUCUGUUGCUGUUGCUGUUGCCGCCUACUUCCUCUUGUCUGGAAUGAAGGCCACAUCCACACCAAACAUUUAAACCCUUUUAAGAGUCAUGGCUCCCCUCAAAGAAUUCUAGGAACUGUGGCUUAUUAAGGAGAGUUGUUUGAAGCCCCCCACCAAACAAACUACAGUUCCCAAGAUUCUUUGGGGUGGGGUGGGGUGGAGGAACCAUGACUCUUAAAUGACUUUAAGAGUGCUUUAAAUGUAUGUUAAGGAUGUGACUGAAGACUUGCUUGAUUUCAGCUCUCCACUCCUAACCGGCAAGGGUGUUUAGUGAAGGACAAGAGCAAAGCAAGGGUAGAGUUAACUGAAAAGCACUGCUAUUGGUGCCUUCAUCCCACCCUUUGCCUCUGGUUAAACAGGCCUGGAAGGUAUUUGGGUGUUGUUGUGUUGUUGUUUUUUAAAAAAAACCUGCUAAACCUGUUUGUUUACAGGUGACAGUGGAACAAAAGAAACUUGAAUACACCAUAGUAAGCAAUUCCCCUCUCAAAACUACUUUGAAUUGUUUUAAGCGUGUUUUGCCUGCCUUGAGCCUAAGAAUAGUUGAUUACAGGGGCCAGCAUGACUAAGCCGCUUCUGGUGAACCAGAGCAGCACACGGAAACGGCGUUUACCUUCCCGCCGGAGCGGUACCUAUUUAUCUACUUGCACUUUGACAUGCUUUCGAACUGCUAGGUUGGCAGGAGCUGGGAGCGAGCAACGGGAGCUCACCCCAUCGCGGGGAUUCAAACCGCCGACCUUCUGAUCGGCAAGCCCUAGGCUCAGUGGUUUAACCCACAGCGCCACCCGCGUCCCUUUAUUUAUGUUGUCCCUCUCAGGUUAAAAUUAGAUGUGGUAUGUGAUGCAAUGGGAGGGAGGGAA